AGUCGCGCACAAAUGUUCGCUGUUUCCUUGGUAACAACAUUACGCUCACUAUUUACCAUACACGUCAACGACUUGUUGAAGCAACAUGGACAUCCAGGAACGAACUGACCUGAACUGUGGAGACAGCAUCGUAGAAAUGGUUGACAUGGACGACGAAAACGUUGCUAUUUCCAGUUCCUCAGCUGCAGACGCCGCUUUUGAUGCUCUUAUUGGCUGCAUAGAGGACAUCAUCAUGGAGGAGGACUUCCAGCAGCUUCAGCAGAGUUUCAUGGAGAAACACUACCUGGAGUUUGAGGACUCUGACGAGAACAAGCUGAGCUACACACCCAUCUUCAAUGAAUAUGUUGACCUGCUGGAGAAACAACUGGAGCAGCAGCUGAGGGAGAGGAUCACUGGCUUCAACAUGACCACUUUCACAGAGCUGCUCAUGCAACACAAAGAGGAUGUGCCAGGUGACAUCUUUGACAUGCUGCUAACGUUCACUGACUUCAUGGCCUUUAAAGAGAUGUUUCUGGAAUACAGAGCGGAGAAGGAGGGCAGAGAUCUGAAUUUUCAUGGUCUGGUGGUCACACCUCUGAUCCCUGCAGGUUCCAAACACCGUGGCGCCACUGAACUGCAGUGACACUUACAAAGUCAAACAUUUGAAUUGCCUCCUCCUCUGUAUGUUUCUCUAACAUGUUGUUCAUUGGCCUUCAGACACUUGUUAGCUUGUGGUCAGUGAUUUCUUAUUUUUUGUGUGUGUGUGUGAGUUUUGUACUCUAAAGGUGAGCUGCUGGUUACACUCCCCAUAAAUCUACAGUCUCACGCCUAACAGCAAUUUCAUAUAUGCAUUCCUCUGUGUUUUAUGUGGUGAGUGGGAUGGUAUGUGUGUUUAAGAGGCUGUUUAUUGUGUAAGAGUAAAGGUGGAAGGGUUUGGCUUCUUUGUACUCCCUAACUGCUGCACUGGAAAUAAUAACUACUUGAAAAAUUCAGAUUUAUUUACCUGUAAUCUGCAGAUGGGGGCCUAAGCAUGAUGUAUAGAUCAUCUUAUUUACUUAUAUUUUUAUUAAGUUUGCCUGGUUGGGGAGAGGGAACCCAGUGCUUUUUCACAUCAUGCUACUAGAUUUUAUGUGGAAGGCUUCAACAAGUCCCCCUGUAAGCAGGGGACUCAACUUGAUGUGACUGAAUGCUUGACUCUGCUCUCUUUGCCUGAUAUGUCUUUUCAUAAGAAAAUAAUACAUCAGAACUAAUAUGUUUAUAAAGUUUUAAUUUAUUUGGUCAGUUUGAAAACUCAUUGGAGUUUUGUGCCUGUGAAAAUGGUUUUUAAUGUAUUUAGUGACUGUGUGUAUGUGUGCGUGCAUGUGUGUGUGUCUGCAAUUAAUAUUCAGAUCUACAGUCUAGUUUUCAGUACCAUGUCAAAGUAUUUUCUACUUGUCUUAACAUGACAGCUGUAAUUGUAAAAGUAUAUUCAUGUCAGUGGUGAAAUUCUGGUGAUGUGAUAUUUGUUGGUAAAAGAAAUUUUUAAAUAAAGAGGUGAAAGUCACACAUUAUAAUCACCAUGUGCUUUAUUUGAACAACUGCAUGCUCAAGCCCCAGCACUCACCGCACUAUUUCUCUAGUAUUCAUGGUUCUUGGUACAAAAAAGACACAGCAUAUUUCAUAAAGGCACAUACAACAGGAGUUGAGCACUGUAUUGUGUAAGUCAAAGAAAUAUGUUACAAAGCUCCGUGAGCUUUCACAGAGCAAUAUUUUAAUCAUUAAAGAGUCACUAAUGUCCUGCAGAAACCCUGUAUCUUUAUAGCACGUAAUUAAAACAGUCAAUUUUUCUAUGUGCAGUUUUCAAGUUGUUACCAGUGCACUGAGUUGGUCUAUAGAGAAUUAAAGUUUCAACAUGAGAUAUCCAGGAGAGAAAAAAAUCUGAAGGGAUUUCUACAGGACAGAUGCAAUGCAUACAGUCAUUCUUCACACCGUCUGCACUGCCGUGUUAGGGUGUUAGAGCAACAUCCUAAUAUGAGCAACAACAACUCUGUAAACAAGAAAUACUAAAUAAAGAGUUUCAGUAAUUAUGUAUCUUCGUUUUUCACAUCAUGGUACUACACACUGGAAGAAAUGUUUAAAUGUUUAAUCACAGUUUGGUCAAGUUUGUGUUAAGUAAGAUUUUGAAAACAGGGCUUUCCCUCAAAUUCCAGUUUACACUUCAUGGUGCAAAUCUGAUCUUUACAUCAAUGACUGACAGGGACUCAUGUUGAGAGCUGUGUACAAUAAUAUUGAUAUUUCGAGGUCAUCAAAAUUGAUCCCACAGUAUAAAACAUUUCUAUAUUUUGCUAUGUUCUUUAACUAUCAAGAUUUUGUAGAGCAGCGGACUACGUCAUUCAGAAUAUAAUCAAGUAACUGUAUUUACUCUGGAGUUCAAAUCGGUUUAUUUAUUUAUUUAUUUGCAUUGUAAAGUCUUCCUCCAUUGUUGGGUGACCUUCCUUUAAAGCAGGGGUGUCCAAACUUUUUUAAAUGGGGGCCAGAUUAGAUAAUGUGAAAAUACCUGGAUCAUAGAUCAUCAUAUGGGUUAUAAGUAAAAAUAAAAAAAACAAACAAUCCCGUACAAAUCAGACAAAUGCAAUUAUUUCAUCUUUCAGUGGAGAAGAAUUUAACUUCCCGCCACUUGCUGUUGACUUCACACUUCUUUGCUAUAAGGCUGCGUAGUGGCAAAAAAUAUGGCAAAACAUUUAUAUCAUAACACAUAGGUUGAAAUUUAAUAUACUGGGAUAUAUUUCGAUACUGUAAGCAAAGUGGUGUAUUGCGGUAUUUUCUAAAUCUAAUUUUAAGGAAAUCUGUCACAAAGAACGCCCCAUCAUAUGCAUAAAAACUGAGCGGAGAAAGUUUACUUUUUUAAUGCAAUCAGAAGAGUAGGAUCUGUUUUUACUAUCACCUCUGUAACACACUAGCAGUGUGUUUUGACAUUGGAGUGGGAGAGUCAUGUGACUGAAGACAGAUUACAGCACUGCUAUCUAGCUGUUCGGUGAUUAAAAAGAACACACGUAACUAUUCAUUAACAUUGAUACUACAAAACAAUGUGUCACAAAACAUAAAAUUGCAAUACUCAAAUGUAUCCGUAUUUUCUUACACCUCUACUUUACUGUGGCCAUGUCUGCUACCCAGCAGGAAAUGUCUGCUGUUAGGUAACCGUUUGUUUGCAUGUUCACCAUGUGUUCAUGAAACGCUCUACCUGCGUAUUUCCUACUUGAUGAAAGUCUACAAACUGUAUAAUAGUUCUGCCAUCUUGAGGUUAGUGGAAAAAAUGCUAAGUGAUGUUGCUUGAUUAACCAAUAAUGUGUAGGACCACAGUAUAUUUUGAACAACAGGCCCGCAGGCCAAGAUUGGCCCCCAGUCCAAACUUUGGACAUGCCAGCUUUAAGGGGAUAGUUUGAGAUGUGGGUAAAUUAAGUUAUCUGCUUUCAUGCUAAGGGUUAGAUGAGACAUUUGACACCACACUCAUGUCUGUGUGUUUAAUAUGAAGCUACAGCUGGCAGCAAGUUAGCACAGGUUAG